AUGGCACGCGGGAGGCCGGGCGCCCGGCGGCGUCGGCCUGGGGUCCGAGCCUCGGGCGCUGUGGGCGCUCGGUCGCGGAGGCGGCGGGCGGGCGGGCGGGCGACGGCGACGGCGGAGUACCGGUUAUGCUCCCGGGGGGCGGGCACCGGCGUCAGCUCCCCGGCUCCGCCCUCGCGUGGCCUGAGCCUGGCCCCGCCCCCGCUCCCGCUCCCGUCCCGCUCCCCCGCGCCAGCCGGGAAACUGAGGCUGGGGCGGGGCGCGCAGGAGACACGCGUCGGGACUGCGUGGUCCCCCGGCGGCUUGCUGUGGGUCAAGGUGCAGUUUCUGUAUCGCCAGGAGCGGGCACGCGAGUUAAGGAGUCCAGGUCGGCCUCGAGUGCAAAGAUUCCCGGGGAUCCGGGAGGAAGGAGAGCAGCUGCUUCGAGGUCUCUGCUGGAGUUUGGAAGGAGUCAGAGCAUCUCCUUUCUUCUGGGACCUUUCUGCAGUGCAAAGCGGUGCUUCUCAGCCCACCCUGCACCAGCCAGCGACAGCCUCCUCCUCCCUCGGCAGCACCAUCCACCUCAUCUGUACCCUGAGCAGCGACCAUGACAUCAACAUGUACAACAUUUACUGGUACCAGCAGAGGCCGGGCCACCCUCCCCGGUUCCUGUUGAGAUACUUCUCACACUCGGACGAGCACCACGGCCCUGGCAUCUCUCCCCGCUUCUCAGGGUCUAAAAAUAUGGCCAGGAACCAGGGGUAUCUACGCAUCUCUGAGUUGCAGCCUGAGGACGAGGCUGUGUAUUACUGUGCUAUGGGGGUCCCACGCUGGGGGCAGAAAGAGAUGGAGAAUGGGAGGGGCCCAAAAGAAGCCCACUGACUCAGGAUCCCAGACUGUGGGACCCCAGGGCUUCCCAUAUAGAGCCACCAGCAUGUCCUUAGCUGUCAGUGUUCCUGUAAUCCCCAUCUGGGGGCUACUUUACAGAAUUAAAGUUCUUUUUCUGACUUU